CGUCAGCGCCGCGAGCGAGACAGCGCGCGAGAGAGAGAGCGCGAGAGAGAGACACAAAGGCGGCGGAACGAACGGGAGAAAGCGCUAUAACACCUCUCUAGCGUUCCACGCGUGAAAACGGCCAGAAAAACAAUGAGCAGACCGCGCGAGUGAGCGGUGCAGAGGCGGGACGCGUGAUCCGAACGCGCGCUGGGGGUCGCUUUUAACCGCGAAUGCUUUUAAAACGAGUGUUUUUCUCCAACGCCCCCCAACGAUUAGCAGCUCCGCUAGUGGUUAGCCAUCAUCACCUUCUCCCUCAUCCUCCACAAAACACCCGACGCGAGCGGCGAGCGGGACGGGAGCACAUACGGAAGCAUGCUUGGUUCGUUGUCUGAUGCGCACGCGGGGUCGACUAUGCCUAGCCCGUUGUUUCACCCUGACAUCAUGGAUCACGAGAUGGUAGUGAGCAGCACCGGACAGUCCGGCGGGGUCACCGAGCAGGAGCCCAGGGACGAGAACCACCAGGAGGCGCUGCGCUUCGCUCUGGACCAGCUGUCACUCAUGGCCCUGGAGAAGGUGGACUGUCUGGAUGGGACCUCGGCCGGUGAGAACUGUAACGGGGGAGGCGGAUACGUCGAUCUGCAGAUGCUCGAGCACAGCAACGGCUCCCAGGAGUCACCCGGCUCCUGCUCGCCCUCUCCGGAGUACUACAGCUCGGGCGGUGGUGGUGCAUACCACAUGGCCAGCCCACACUCCUCCAUCCUCGGGGAACAAAGCUCGGUGCUCCGCAAGAGAAGCGUCAACAUGACCGAGUGCGUGCCGGUGCCCACGUCCGAGCAUGUGGCCGAGAUCGUCGGCAGACAAGGUUGCAAGAUCAAAGCACUCCGUGCAAAAACAAACACCUACAUCAAAACCCCCGUGAGAGGAGAAGAUCCCGUGUUCAUCGUGACGGGCCGCCGCGAGGACGUGGAAAUGGCCAAAUGUGAGAUUGUCUCGGCAGCUGAGCACUUCUCCAUGAUCCGCGCCUCGCGCUGCAAAGCCGGCGCAAACGGCCCCGGAUUGAGCGGCUCGCUUCCCGGCCCUCCCAACCUCCCCGGACAAACCACCAUCCAGGUGCGCGUUCCCUACCGCGUCGUGGGCCUAGUGGUGGGACCCAAAGGAGCCACGAUCAAACGCAUCCAGCAGCAGACGCACACCUACAUCGUGACGCCCAGCCGCGAGAAAGACCCUGUAUUUGAGGUCACCGGCAUGCCUGAGAACGUGGAUCGCGCGCGAGAAGAGAUCGAAACGCACAUUACGUUGCGCACCGGCGCUUUCGUUGACCUCCAAGGUGAUAACGACUUCCACAGCAAUGGGACGGAUGUGAGUUUAGAGGGUCUCGGGUCGCUCGGUUUGGCCGGCGCGCUUUGGUCGCGUGCGACUCACUCUGCGCCUCCACCUCCGCCGCAGAUGCACCAUUCAUCGCGCAAAAUGUCGUCCGAAUCAUUCUCUGCGACUCGACGGGCGACAGAUGGAGGGGGAAGCCCAACAAGCCCAUUUAGCACGAGCAGCGCCGGCGGGAGCUUCUCCUUCGCGGGCGAUUCGACUCAGAAUUUGCCAGCGCCGUCGGAAGAUUUGGGUUUCGAAUUCAGCUCUGCGAAAAUCUGGGCGCCGUUUGCAAAGGGCGCGAAGCAACAGACACAGACGGCCCGUCGCAACAGCAGUGGCCUCAGCGCAGGUGCUGUAACCCCACGGCUCUCACCCGACCCAGAUCACCCGCUCGCCCGCCGGGCCCAAAGCGACCCGCUAAGCACGCUCUCCUGGCUCCAAACGGGCACUGGAAGCUCGUUCUCGGGCGGAAGCAGCAGCAGCGGCGGAAGCAGCACUGGAUACUCAUCUUGCUCGGCGUCGUCGCUCCCGGGUGGCUCGCCAACUGAUUCAGAAGGUGGCGGAAGCGGAGUGGGAAUCGCUUCCACUAUGUUGGGACACCUCAAAGCGGGCGGCCUGGCUGGGAUGGUGUCUCGGGAUUGUUUUGUGUGUUGCGAAAGCGAGGUGACCGCCGCGCUCGUUCCGUGCGGCCAUAACCUCUUCUGCAUGGAUUGCGCUGGGCAGAUUUGCCAGUCGCAGGAUCCCGAGUGUCCCGUUUGCCACACUCCUGCCACACAGUGCAUCCGGAUCUUCUCUUAAACUUAGACUGCCUUGAGUAAUUAUUAGAAAUGACACUAUUCCGAUUUAUUGACAGUAAUAAUAAUAAUAAUAACAACAACAGUGACUUUAUUACCCACUCAAGUACUUGUCAGACUGCGUCUUAUCUUCAGCUGUUCAUAUUCGGUGGGUUGUUUUUCCAUUCAUGCUUCCGACUUUUUCUACUCGCAGAUUUUUCGACUUUUACGCUGCACUUUUUUUCUAAUGCGUUUUUUUCGUGUUGCCGAUGCAGUAGUUUUUAAAAUUAUUUUUGCGGGGUUUUUUUAAAUGCGAAAGCUGCGCUCGUUUAGACCAAAACAUGAGAGAUAUUCCUGUUUUAUCGAACACUUAAUAUUUAUACGCGUUACGAGAUAAUACGCAACGUGCUAGUGGUUGUAGGAUCUGAAAUAGCUAGAAUAGUCCAUGUUAUGAAUAUCCUUACCGUGCAUUUUCUCUUUUUGCCACACUACCUUAAAACAUUCACGUGUCAGUUCAUUCCUGCACUCCAGAAACAGGGUUGCUAGUAUUUAACGAGGACUUUUUAUCUGUUACGACUUUUCGAAUCAAACGGCAUACUGAAUUAUCUUUCGAAUGUUUAGUCGUGAAUGUGUGCGAGAGCGACACACAGAAAUGUCUUUCGCUGGAGUUUGCGUCUGUCUUCCGGCCCUCGCGCGAGCGUUUCGUUUACGAUUGCGCACCCCCGUACGCUGCCUACGAACGAAUCUGUAGUCCUGCCGAACAGUUUUUACGCGACAAGCCAUGCUUUCACACUCUAAAGGGCUUCCGGUUAUACACUACACUUCAGGUCGUCCUAAUAAACGGGAUGCCAGUCCGCGUGGCAGCUAAAUCACCAGGGCUUCCGUACAUUUUAGCGAUGCACGAGCCGUUUCUCCUUGAACGCGAGAGAUUCUGACGUAUUAAAGGGCGAGAAUGCGUUUCGGUUUGAACAGGUUUCUUUCUCUAGAUGCGCUUUUAGAUUUUUCUUUGGCGUGUCGAAUAUAUUAAACGUGCCAGAACUCGAGCGCUAACGGUGCCUUGGUGGUGAAACUCGCUGCCGGGAAUGAAGAUUGUGACGUAAUUUCUCUCCGCUCUUCCAGUUUUAGUGAUUUGUACAGAGAGCCGUGUCGAAUCUGAGCCGCUCGUUUUCUUCUUUUCGUCCCCAGAUGUCGUUAAAACUAGUGUAACUGGUUGAAAGGUACAAGAAGCUAGUAGUUUUUCGGUUGUAUGUAUGUGACGUGUUUUGGUAUCGGCGAUGAAGGUCAUGUGACUAGUGAAGAAUUGGCCUGAAGUCGGAACGGUUUCCUUUCGGUUUUUUUUUCCUCAAACAGGGUUGGCUGAGGACGAUCUCAGGCGGUUUUGCAUUGGAAAGACGUCAGACGCUGUUUUCCCAUGAUUCAUUUGUGCCCUAAACUCGCUCGGCUUUUACUUUCGCUUUAAUUCCUUUUGUACACCGAACCAAAAGCGAUUUCAAUAACCGGAUUUCAGGCCUAAUUGUAAAUAUCCUGAAUUACAAUCAUUGGGAUUCGUUUUCAAAUGUACAACGGAAAAGGUUAAUGUAGUUUUUAAAAUGCGUAUCAUUAUUUGUAAGUUAAACUCUGCAUGUCUUGAAGCCAUGAGGCAUUAGCUAAUAAUUUUCUAAAAAUUAAAAGACAAAAAAAAAAAAACUUUUUUACACAUUUUAUUUUUACAAUUUAUUUGCUUACCUUGACGUAAAUAUCCCAGAUUAUAAUGUGACCCUUUUAUUACAGCAAAUGUAUCUUUAUUUUCCAUAUUUCUGUUUCCUGUGUACAACAUAUAGGCAAUUUAUAACAAAAUGAGAAAAAAUUAUUGAAGAAAUUUAAAAUUGAAAUAUAUU